CUUUCCCUACUCUGCAGUGUAAACAGUGUUUUACACCGGGGUAUACAUGUCUCUGGCCUUAACUAUUGACUAAUUAAGCUACCUACUAUCACUCAGUCACGUGACAACACAAGAGUGUGUACAUAUACAGACGGUGUAGCGCAUAGAUAACAGCAGCAGCGGCGCACACAUAUGGGUCGUCCCAAUCCCAAGUCCCGACCAAAACCCCAACCCCUCCCCACCAAACCCGGCCAGGGCGCCCAACCAAAACCUCCCAGCACAGCGCACCGCGGCUCCUCCACGCCUCGCUCGCCGUCCGUCCCCGCGCUCUCCUGCUGGUCCCCGGCCAGUCCGUCACUCCCGUCUCGCUAUGUAAUCACCCUGCCCAGGACUCCAUACUCCAGUCAGUCAGUCACUCCACUAGCGGGCUCGCCGCCUACAGCUAACCAAUAAUGGCGGAUCACCCCAUGAAGCCACCAGCUUCCGGCUCCAUGUGCGCACUCGCCUGCCUCUUCCUCCUCUCCGCCGGCAUCCUCCUCGCCGCCGCCGUCUACCGGCCGUUCCAGUCGCGCGCGGCGGCGUCGUGGGACCCAUUCUCCAGGGUGCAGCAGAAGGAGGAGGCCCCGGCGCCGCCACCGCUCGCCCGCCGCGGCUCGUACCGUGCUGCGCCACCGGCGCCAGACGCCGUCUCACCAUCAGCCGGCGGCCCUGCUGACUGGAGCCCGGACGACGACGACGACGCCGACGCUGGACCGCCUUCACCGGCCCCGGCGCCGUCCGAGGAAGGAUGGGGGGACGGCGACGAGGACGCCCAGUGCGACCUAUUCGACGGAGAGUGGGUGGAGGACGCGGCGGGGUACCCGCUGUACGACGCGGCAGAGUGCCCGUUCCUGAGCGACCAGGUGGCGUGCCGCCGGAACGGGCGCCCGGACUCCGGCUACGAGCGGUGGCGGUGGCAGCCCAGGGGCUGCGGCGGCACCACGAGGCUGGGCGGCGCGGAGGCCCUGGAGCUGUGCCGGGACAAGCGGCUGGUGCUGGUGGGCGACUCGCUGAACCGCAACAUGUGGGAGUCGCUCGCCUGCAUCCUCUACGCGGCAGUGCCGGACCGGUUGCGGACGCGCCUCAUCGACGACGCUGGCUCCGAGUACAUGAUCUUCCGCGCCAUGGAUUAUAAUUGCUCCGUGGAGUUCUUCUGGAGCCCCUUCCUCGUGAAGCUCGAAACAAAAGACAACAAGACCAAGGCACUCGAGCUGGACCAGCUGCCGCCAAUGCUGCAGCGGACGCUCGGUGCUGACGUCCUCAUCUUCAACACCGGUCACUGGUGGACUCACACCGGCAAGCUCAGGGCGUGGGAUCAUCUCGAGUGGGGCGGAAAGACGGUGCAGAUGGCAGGUGAGGAAGCCUUCGAUGGAGCACUGAGGACCUGGGCUAGGUGGAUCGACUACAAUAUAGACCCUAGCAGAACUCGAGUUUUCUUCCGAAGUGUCUCACCUGAACACAAGAGGUCCAUAUCUCGAACAACAAACAUUCAAUCCAACUACAUUAGUCAACUUACUACAUUCCUUCUAUCGUGCAGCGUAAAUUGGUGCUACAACCAAACGGCUCCUAUCUCCAGGGGGAACAUCGCUCCAUGGUUUCCACAAAGUUUGAUAGACAUCAUCGAGAAAAACAUCAAGAGGAUGAAAACGCCUAUUGUAUAUAUGAACAUCACUCGCCUCUCAGAACUCCGAAUUGAUGCACACCCAUCAAUUUACACCAUCACUCACGAAGGAAAACCACUUAGCAAAGAGCAACGGCAACAACCACUCACAUACAGUGACUGCAGCCACUGGUGCCUACCAGGGCUACCUGAUACAUGGAACAUGCUUUUGUUCAACUUCCUAAUUAGACCUCUCCCCAGUACAUAAAAAGCUCGGGUGUUUUCAAUUGUUCAUCAUUCAUGUAUUUCUACUAAGGUGAGGUCAUUUUUUGGACAGUAGUUUAUCAUUAUCAUGUUACAGAGUGAAUGGCAAAUCAAUCAAAACGGAGGGCUGUACAAACAGAGAAACAUGAUACACAGACAUUACCGCAAAGAAUCACAAUAUACAUACAUUGCAACAUUGGUAAACAUUUACAUUGAAGAACAUAGAUACAAAUUUACAUCGACGAACAUAUACCACUAGGAUCAAUAAGGCAGUUCUUAUCGCAGGCUCGCGGGGAGAGAAAAUGCACUCAAUGGCUCAAAUCGACUAACCUGCCUCUGUCCCAAAUUAAAAACCAUUUUAGGUAAUUAAUGAUUGAUGUAUGUAUUUUAUGUCUCUAAAUGCAUAAUCAUCCAUUUGAAUUUGAAUGUAGAUAUAAAACCCAAGAGCUAAAACGAAUACUAUUUUGGGACGUAGGGAGUACCAAUACAGCACAAUUCUUAUCGCAGGGGGAAAAUAGCACCUCAAUGGUUCAAAUCGAAUAAACAAUCAACUCCAUUCCAAAAUAUAAGUUAUUCUAACCUCUUUUUUAAGGUGCAUAAAAGAGAGCAGACCCAUGGCUCCCGGAAGGGAUAAACUGACAAGCCUUCCCCUAGAUGCUGAUAGGCUCAUUCAAACCCAGGAUAUUGACUGAGACAGCUCUCGCCACUACAUCAGACAUCUGUCCUUUCUUAGAUUCAUAGCUUUUACUAUAUAUCUAGACAUAAUACAUGGUUAGACCUGUGUUUCUGUUAGCCUCUCUAGAUAGUAAUUAUACUCUAUCUAUUCCAAACAUCCGAUCAAAAUUGACACAUUACUAUGUAUCUUGACAAAAUCUAUAUUAAGUUGCAUAGCAGGACAGAACAAAUUACAAUUUCGACUAUCACCAAUGACAACACCACUGACCCAGACAGCAAACAGCAUCACAAACCCUCCAUAUUACAAUCCAGUCACUAUAACUUCCAAAGCAAAACUAACCCCUCCACAACACAAAAUAAAAAUUUCAUAGCAAGAAAUGCCAAACCUGACUUCAAAAAACAAACAAGAAAGCUUUUCCUAAACUUGUUAGGACCCAGCAGAUCACAUUCACCUAUAUAUAAAAUAUAAAUACAAAAUACUAAUAACAAUUGUUUAACUAAUAAGGCUAUCUCCAGCAGCUUAUCUAUCCCCAUACCUUGGGUAGAAUGCUGCAGACGGCCUAAUGACAAAUACAGGUAAACACAAAAUUCCAAACCAUCUUCAGGUUUCAAUAGCUGAAAUCUCCAGCUACCACCCAAAAUCUAAAAAGGUCACGUUGACUCAAGAAAAAAAUACAAAAGAUUAGCAGUUGUUCAGAUUUCUAAUCUGACAAUAACCAUAUUAAUUAUAAUUAGCUAUCUGUGUCUCAAGGAAGAUAUAAGACAAUAUAUAAAUUCUAAAGAAAGAGAUAAACUGCAUUACAGUCACCAAUCGCUCACCAAGAGUAUCAACAGAUAGACAAGACAAAUAGAAAUCCAUAAGAUUAAACACAUCAUCAUACCAUGAAAAUAAAGGGGUUUCAUAGGAUAAUACGACAAUAAUCAACACAACACACACUUAAUGCAACUUCACUUAUCUAUAUAGAAAAUGAAACUGCAAAGCAGUCAUGACUCAUAAGAAAGUACAUGUGAAGCAUUAUCACGGCUAAGCAUUAUCACAACUACCUAGCUUCAUGUAUCCCUUAAUAAGGGAAACUGCGAGUGCAAACUCAUUCCACAUUCCAUUCCAGAUCAGAAGUAGCCAGAAUAUGCAAGGCAUCCAUGUAAGCAGACAACACUUCUGAAUUCAGCACAACCAUUUCAAAGGAUAUGCUCCCAAGAGUUGUCACACACCUGAG